AUGGGCCCUUUUUUCCCGGCGAUUUGCGUCGUGCUGCUCGCCCUGAACGCCGCUGUCUCGCUGGCCUCUGUCGGCCCUGGGGACUACCCCACCGUGGAUGAGGCCGAGAGAACUGCCAACAAUGACAACAUUUUCGAUGACUACCGAGGGAAAGGUUGCGUGGAUGACAGUGGCUUUGUGUACACGCUCGGGGAACGCUUCUUCCCGGGCCACUCGAACUGCCCGUGCGUGUGCACGGAGGACGGACCUGUCUGUGACCAACCCGAGUGCCCUAAAAUACACCCCAAGUGUACCAAGGUGGAACACAACGGGUGUUGCCCCAAAUGCAAGGAGGUCAAAAACUUUUGUGAAUACAGAGGGAAGACUUAUAAAAUCCUGGAGGAGUUCAAGGUAUGUGUCUAUUCAAGUGCGAGAAGACGCAACCGAAAACUGAAUUCCGUGUUCUUGCACUUUCUGAAACACGUUAGUGUGUGCGCAGAUAACAGCAUUGCAAAGAUCCCAUCUUGUAUGUUCUUUCAAUACAACACCCAGCUUGGACCUCCAUAUUACAUCCUUGUUGAUACCAACUUUAUCAACUUUUCUAUUAAGGCCAAAUUAGAUGUUGUCCAGUCAAUGAUGGACUGCCUCUAUGCUAAAUGUGUUCCUUGCAUAACGGACUGUGUGAUGGCUGAGCUUGAGAAAUUAGGGAUGAAGUUUCGAGUGGCUUUGCGGAUUGAAAAAGAUUCCCGCUUUGAUCGAUUACCUUGCUCACACAAAGGAACGUAUGCUGAUGACUGCUUGGUGCAAAGAGUAAUGCAGCACAAAUGUUACAUUGUGGCCACGGUGGACAGGGACCUAAAAAGGAGGAUUCGGAAGAUCCCAGGAGUCCCCAUCAUGUACAUCUCCAAUCACAGGUAUAACAUUGAGAGGAUGCCAGAUGAUUAUGGCGCACCAUGGAUGUGCUGUUUGUUUGUUUGUUUUUCUUUUUUUGUAAGAAUUUGUUUGGUGGAUAAGUGGGGGACCUUCUACAUUUAAAAGAUUUCCCCUGUGAAUUAUGUUCAGAACUCAGUACAGUAAAGUUUUUGGCAUUCAGAGUACAUCAGAGGAAAUUAAAAGGUGGAGAAAAUAUAGGAGGAAAAUGAUCUGCAACCAAUGAAAAUGACUAACCCAAAUCUAAAUGACUAGUCCAAAUCUAGUGGCUGUUGUGGGAAACUUCAGUGAUCUAGGACGUCCUCUUCUUGAUAUGAAUGUGUUAUUGAUUUUAAUUAUUUGGUGUCUCCCAUCAAUGAUAUUGAUUUAAUCAAACAUUAAAUUGGCCUAGUAGUCUUUAACUAUUGCAAUAUGUUAACAGCUCACCAAUGCAGUUUUAAAUAAUAAUGAACCUUUCCCCUGAAGCCACUCCCUGGCACUCUUUUAUGUUCAGAGAAUCUUAGGAUUUUUUUUUUUUUUUGUCUUUAUCUUAACAAUGACAUCUCUGUGAGUUGUUUACACAUCUGGUUGGAUCCCUUCUGCUUGGAGGCUGUCAUAAAUAAAAAUCCCCAUAGAUACAUUUA